AUGGCACCCAUCAAAGAUACUAACAUCCUUGUCAUUGGGGGUACUUCCGGCAUCGGCUAUGGCGUCGCCAGAAGAUGCCUGGUCGAGGGGGCCAACGUCCACAUCGCGUCGUCGAACGUUUCCCGGGUCAGCGAGAGCAUCGACUCCCUCAAGCAACUCUUCCCUGAUGCGCACAUUACCGGUCAUGUCUGCGAUCUAGGUGGUCAAGACGUUGAGAAGCGCCUUGAAAAGCUUCUCACUACCGUCCGCCCACUGGAUCAUCUAGUGUUCACGGCUGGCGACAAUCUUUCCAUAAAGUCACUAAAGGACAUUGACCUGGAGACUAUCCACCGCGCAGGCCAUGUCCGAUUCUUCGUUCCGCUCCUAUUAGGCAAACUAGCGCCGCGAUUCCUGAGGCCAGGAUUUCGAUCCUCUUUUACCUUGACCACCGGGUCUGUGUCGGAAAAACCCCUGCCGAAUUGGUCGUUGGUGGCUGGAUACGCAACGGGGCUCCAUGGCAUGACACGCAGCAUGGCUCUUGAUUUGAAGCCAUUGCGCGUUAACCUCGUCAGCCCGGGUGCGGUUGAAACCCCCCUCUGGGGACCGAAUGGCGUGCCGACUGGGACCGAGAAGUCUACCGCAUUGGGCAAAGUCGGCACCAUAGAUGAGGUGGCAGAGGCAUACGUUUAUUUCAUGAAGGACACCAAUGCCACUGGCAGUAUUAUCAGCACGAACGGCGGAGCUCUCUUGUUGUGA